AUGCUGGGCAGAACUCCUCCCAUCCAGAAUGAUGACCACUCCUCCCAGCAGCCUGCCAAGCUCCUUGUCGCUGCAGACAGACAGCUGCAGGUGUUGGGGGACGAUCUCGGCCCUUCUGCUGUCACGAGCCACAUUUCCUACCAAUUCCGGGAUCUCAGUGGUCAGGAUGAUGCUGAUGUGGAAUGGAAGUUUGCUCGGGCGAAACUUUGGUUUUCUUAUUUCAAGGAGGGACGGACUCUCCCCGUCCCCUUUAAUCUGGUUCCCAGUCCCAAAUCCAUGCUGGGACUUGUCACGGCCAUAAAGUCCUGGCUCCUGCAGUUUGUUCACAGGAACAGGGAGAAGACUCUGGAGACCCAGCUGUCUCAGCUCGGGCAGACUAAACAUUCCGGAUAUGAAGGCCCUAACAGCACAACACGAUAUCAGAAGAUCAUGAAGCGGCUGAUCAAGCGUUACAUCAUCAAAGCCCAGGCAGACAGAGAGAGUGACGAGAUCACCGAGGGUGAGUUGAAAGAGAUCAAACAGGACAUCUCUAGUCUGCGAUACGAGCUGCUGGAGGAAAAAUCCCAGAACAUGGAGACGCUUGACGGACUGCUGGGAAGGCUGGGAGAUUUCAGCUCACCUUCUCCAUGA